GCAUGACCUUCAGAUCACAGAUUAUCCAGCCAUCAGCAGCUUUCCUGUCAGCUCUCUACAGAUUCCUGAUGAUCUUCCUAUGUUGCUCUCUUCUGCUCCUGGAUCACGAACCCCCCUGAACCUGCACAGAAACCAAACCUCAGUAUUCAGCUAAGAAUCAUUGAACUUUACUUUAUGUUGGAUUCUCUCCUGCCUUGCUCCAAACAAUCACCCCUUGCUCCUCAUGUUAAUAAACCUGCAUGACUUUCACUUACCCGUUGUCUCCAGCUUCAUUUAUGACAGAAGACUGGACCAUAACAUAAAGUUUGGAGCACCAUAAAACCCCUCGUUCAGAAUGGCUGGCCAUUGGUGCACUUUGUGUUGGAGUGCCAGGAGCUGGCAAAAAACUCCUUUCUGUGCGAUUUUUGAGCUGAAAGUUUGGGUUCUUGCAGGCCUAGACAAUUGGUGGUACUCCAGAAUGCCCAAGACAUACCUUCUCACAAGCUCCCUCACAAAGUGCAUAUAUUAUACCCUGCAGCUGAGUUGAUCCAGAACCAGCCCGCAGUCAAGUUCACCGGCCGCUCAUCAGUCAAGUCUGCCAGCCGUUCAUCUGUACAACCAGCCGGCUGCUGCUAACCCAAGACCGCCAGCCGCUCAUCAGUCAAGUUUGCCGGCCGCUACGAAGUCAAGCCUGCCGGUUGUGGCUCUUUCCUGCCCACCGGCUGCGGCUCACUCAAGCCUGCCGGUCGAUCCUCAGUCAAGUUUGCCGACUGUUCAUCUGUUCAGCCUGCCAGCCGCUCGUCAGUCAAGUCUGCCGGCCGCUACGAAGUCAAGCCCGCUGGCUGCUCUGAAGCCAGUGCCCACUCCUCGAAAAUAUCUCUGAGUCAUCCAAAGCUCCACCCUUGUCCUCAGCCCAGAAACACCUACCGCUCCAAAAUUAAGGCAGCCUUUCGCGGCUCAUUCAAGCCCGCCCGCCGUCUGUGGCUCACUCAAGCCCGCCGUCCACCUCACAUGUGCCCCUAGGUGGAGUAUGAGGGGAUGUCAUGGGCUCCAGCCCCAGAGUUCGCUCCAGUGCAGGCUCCAGCCCCUGACCAGAGUCCAGUCAUGUGCCCUGAAGUAUUGUCCACAGGAACUAGUCUAGUCUGUUUUGUCUGUUGGGGUUCUUCAGAAGCAGACUGCUUCUCCUGUCAUGGCCACGGAGGCCAUUUCCAAGCCGCUUGCUUCGCUUGUUGCCUCGAUGGAAGCGGUUCAUGAAAUCACCCCUGAAAAGGCCCGUCACCACGUUCAGCCCAAGGAGGGCUGUUGGUCUCAUGUCUGGCCUAGAGAGGGCCUCAGAUUCCAAGCCUAGCCCUGAGAGGGCUCCUGUUCCCGCGUUUGGCCCACAGAGGGCUCCAAUCCCCAAGUUCAGCCCUGAAUGGUCAGAUGUUUGCUGUCGAGGUAUUCGGAGCGCUCAUGUCUACGUUCUGGUUUAUGACAUCUGCUGUUUCGACAGCUUUGAAUAUGUCAAGACCAUGCGGCAGCAGAUCUUAGAGACCAGAGUCAUGGGCUCUGGAGAGACGCCCAUUCUGAUUGUCGGCAACAAGCGUGAUCUGCAGCGAGGUCGCGUCAUCCCUCGACACAGCGUAUCUGACUUAGUUCGAAAGAGCUGGAAGUGUGGAUAUGUGGAGUGCUCUGCCAAGUUCAACUGGCACAUUUUACUGUUGUUCGGAGAGGCUCUCCGCAGCGUGGGUUGUGCCCGCUGCAAGCACGUCCAUGCCACCAUCCGUUUCCAGCGGGCGCUCAGGAGAGAGCGAUGCGUCCUUAUGUGAGGCCGCCGUUUCUCUUCUACAGAGCCCUUUCUAAAGCGGUUUAUGGCUAUAGACACUCCAUUAUUGUGUGGGCAGCUGGAAGAGCUGUGAUAACCCUCAUGCCAAGGAUUCUAACUAUGGACAGACAGAUGUGGUCUUAUAACAGGAAGUCCCUGUUGCUUCAUUACUUAAGCCUUCAAACUGAUGUCUCCGCUUUUGGCCUGGAAGAACACAACCAACAUCUCUGCCUCUUAUCUUAGAAAUCCAAACUGCCAAAAGGCUAGUGGAAGGCAGCAAAAAUCAGCUUUAAUAUUACAUUAAUACACUUGCUUACGUUCAGGCCAGGACAGCACAUAGACACUCCUCUAUGCUUAUGAGCUUAAGGAUCUUCCAGUUCCUGCAAGCAGAAGUGUUUCCCAGCUCAGGUGCCAUAUGCAGGCACUGAUUCUGCAAUAUACCACACAACACAAAUUAUACAAAGAAUCUAUGUUCUAUGGAUACUUCUGUGUUUUUAAAGGGAUAGUUCACUGACAAAUGGCAUAAUUUACUCACCUCUGUGUUGUUCCAAACCCGUCUAACUGUCUGUCAUUUGUGGAACACAAAAGAGAAAUUUUAAUAAUGUACUUGUCGCUCUUUUCCAUGUAGUUACAUACAAUGGGGAGCUUUCUAGCUUCAAAAGGGAUGCAAAAAAAAAAAGAUCCAUACUGCUCCAAUACCAUACAAUAGCUUUAUAUAGGAAUUUUAUGGGAAUUCACCAAAAAUCUUCCUCUUCAGUGAGCUGGAGGAGCUGUGAGAACCCUCUGCUGAGUUGAACUCGAACCAGGGGCCUCAAUUAUAAAAUGUUACACAGAACCUGUCCUACAUUUGAACAUAUGAUCAUUUCUCAAAUGUGCAUAUGUGUGAUUCAGAGAAUGAACAUACACACAAAAACAUGCACACACUUCUCUUUCAGAUGUUAAAUUUCUUCAUCUCAAAUAAUCUUGAAAUUGUGCGCAGUUGAAAAGUUGAACUUGUAAACGCAGCCCAAUUAAUGUCAUUAACAUAUAAUAAGCAGCAAUCUACAUCCACAUCCUUUACUUGAGAAUAUGUACUCAUUAUAUCACUUUUCCACAGCAAAGACCGUUUUUAAAGAUCUGAAAGUUGGUCUGGAUUUUAGCGUACACUCCCUCUAAAAACAUAUUUAUGAACCAGAUCAACCUAUUCAUUGAAAAGAUCUAAUAAAGGUUCAUUCAUAAUUUGGACAUUGCUACUUCCAAGAGCUUGGGCCUUGGAUAGAUGUAAAGUUUUUGAGUGAAUAACAACUUGAAUUUCAGUCUGUUUGUGAUACAAAGCUCCCGAAUGGCUUUAUAAGACUUGCAAUAUAGUGCAGUACAGUAUUAUUUAAGCAUUAUUUUUUAUUAUAAUAUUCAUUAAUAUUUUGAAUUAGCUUUUAUUUUUAUAUUUUC